AUGUGUCACGGUCAGAUGACGGUGGACGAUAGUUCCGAGCCUGUCCUUGGCCCCUUGCACAGUAUCAUCAUAAUCAUCAUAGUCAACAUCACCACCACCACCACGAAGGUUCCCGGAAAAUCCCGGCAUGCGAGUGGGGCAUCACUGGGUGGACCUCAAGGAAACCCCACCAGACACGGCUCACCGCUUUCAUCUGCCAUGAGCUCGGCCUGCAGGAAUAAAGCGGUGAGUCGGGGCGCUUACGCUUUUGAGAAGGUCGGAAAAGGAUGGACAACAGAAAGAUCAAAUCCAGACACUCGGCCUGCUCUCACACGUCCAGCCGCCCGAAUUUCUACCUCCUCGGCUGGAGGAUGUUAUGAGCUUGCAGGUUCAGGAACGACGCGAGAUGUUGACGACGACCUGCCAGUUGGUCGAAAGGGUGUCAAUAACUUGGGAACAAGUCGCUUGGGGUUUCAUCUAUCAGGCAAUAUCCAGCACCUGCGCUCGCUUUUCUCCGGCGGGAGCGUGUCCUCCAUACCUUUGGUGAUUCGCUACCCGUUCCAUUUCCUCCUUUGCACCAAAGAUGCAGUCGAUCAGCUUCGUCGCGAAGGUCAGGCGCGUCCAACUCCACCAGGUACCGUUGCAGGAAAUCAGGAACCUCUUCCCCGAAACCCCGGCCCUUACACUAGCAAGCGAAGUGGAAGAAAAAGUCUACUUAUCUCGGCUGGCGCUCAUCGUCCCGACAACUUUGGGACUUUGGCGGUUUGCAUCGACCCUGGUCGGCGGCGCCCGAUGUCAACCAUCACCGUCUCGGUGCCGUUGGGGAUUGAUCUUGAUCCCCGUGGAAGGAUUCCUUGA